AUGACUCUCCUUGUUUUCAUCUUUUUGUUGGUUUUUGUCCAAGCCGAAUCUGCAGAUGGCCAAUUAUACCCACAAACGUCCUCAAGUUCCAUGCUUGGACCAAGGCAGGUGACUGGGUUGCUGCAUGGUUCUGUCACUGUGAAAUGCUUCUACAAGGCCACUAGGGUAAACAAACAUGACAGGAAGUACUGGUGCAAGGAAUCAACACGUCAGUGUUCAACGAUUGUUUCUUCCAAUGGCUAUCUUUCAAGAGAAUAUGAAGGCAGAGCCACAAUAACAGACUUUCCAGAUUAUGGCUUGUUCACUAUUGAGAUUUCAGAUCUCAGGAAAAGUGAUAUGGGAUCCUACAAAUGUGGUGUUGGUAUAAAUGAUAAACUGUUCUUUAAAGUCAAGCUGGAUGUUUCUGAAGAUUCAGUAGUGCCUGAAGAAGCUCAACUCUUCUACAUUAAGCAACAAGGAGCAGUGACUAUAUCAUGUGAUUUUGGCAGUGAUUAUGGCACUGCAAGGAAAUACCUGUGUCGGAUGACAGAGAACCAGUGCUCCCUGGUCAUUGACACCUAUGGAAAUAUCAACCCAUCCUACAAAGGAAGAGUUCUGUUGAACUAUAAUGAAGCUCCUGGAUCAUUCAAUAUUUUUAUGACCCAGCUAAAGAGGCAAGAUUCAGGACUGUACCUGUGUGGAGUUGGGUCGUAUGGGACAUCUGGAGAAACAAAGGAAUUGAAUAUACACGUCUAUGAAGGAAACACUGAACAAGCUCUAGUAAAGGGAGUCCCGGAUGGUUCUGUGUCUGUUGAAUGUUACUAUGACCCAAAAGGAAAUGUCACAUUGAAAUACUUAUGCAAGUGGAAAAUAAAUGGGUGCACUCAAUUAAUAGACAACUUUGGGGAUGUGCUGGAUUCCUAUGAGGGACGGAUAGUGAUGCACGAUAACCCAGAAAAUGGCACCUUUACUGUGAUAUUGAACCAACUGCAGGAGAAUGAUGCAGGAUACUAUUGGUGUAUGACAGACGGAGAACAGGAAAAGAAGUCAGCAACGGAACUAAAGAUUGUAGAAGGGCAACCCAAUUUGAGAGGAGUGAAGGAAAUCAUCGUUGUCCCUGGCUCUCCUUUGUCCAUGACAUGCUCUUAUCCAUGCAAAUAUUAUAGCUACAGUAAAUACUGGUGCAAGUGGAAGAAUACUGCAUGUGAUCCUCUCAUCUCAUAUGAACAAAACCAAACUGGCUUGGUAGUUAACUGUGAUCAAGACAGUAGAAUUUUGUCUCUGAAUUUUGACCAAGUGGCACCAACAGAUCAAGGGUGGUAUUGGUGUGGAGUAAAACAUGAAGGUCAUUAUGGGGAAACCAUGGCAGUAUAUCUGAGAAUUCAAGGAGCAUUUCCGGGGUCUGAAGAAGCUCCUAGUGCAGAAUCCAACAAUGAUGCUGCUAUUUUCGGGAUAGACUCUCGCUUAAGGAAAUCCAAGAUAGCAGCUGGAGUUGAAAGUCCAACAGAGAGCCCUACAGAAGAUAAUAAUUCCAAGGUUCUUCUGUCAGUUUUGAUCCCUCUUGGAGUUAUGUUUCUGCUUCUUGCUGCUAUCUUUGCUUUCGUUAAGUUCAGGUUUUUCAAGAAUUCAGAUCGAGUCUCAGUUGCCAGCUACAGGACAAAUAUCAGCAUGACAGACUUUGAGAAUGCAAGCCAGUAUGGAGCAAAGGACAAUUCAUGCAUGGAAGAAUCUCAUGAGACCCAACUAGGGGAGAUGAACGAAUAUGUAAUUACCACUGGGAGUCCCAAAGAAGCACCGAAGACAACAAAAAGAGGUUCUAAAGAGGAAGCUGAGAUGGCAUAUAGCACCUUUCUGCUUAAUUCAGAGUCCAUUUCUGCUCAAGCUCCCAGCAACAAUAAAACCUAA